AUGUGCAGCAAAACCUCGGACGACGAUGGCAGGAAGAUCAUGACGAUGAAAAAAAAGAAAAUUGUGCAUGAUCCAUAUGAACGUGGAAAAAUAGAAAUGUGUUUCUUGCAUAUUAGGAACGAAGAAGUAGUCAUCGACGAAUAGUACCCGCUGUGACUCCUUAUCGAAUGCAAAAAUGUCUGGGUCUGGAAGAAUUCAUGUUUGUCAUGCUUGUCUAGCGAGACUCUUAAAUCUGUCAUGCACGUUACCCAAGAGCUCCGUUUUUCUGUGAUGCAGAAGCGCAGUUUGUCAUGCAGAAUAGGCAACACCUAGGAGCUCAGAAGCUUGUCAUGUUGAGCCAGCAUUUGUAGCCUCAUCAUGAAACGCCACCCAGCAUCACAAGUCUCCAGACCCAGACAUUUUUACAUUUGAUACACCUAGUACUCCUGCAUUUUGCUUCCAUACACACCGAGGGGUUUUACCCGAAGGGGUACUCGUAUGGAAGUGUCAGAAUCGAAAUUGACAAAAUCGAAAAAUUUGUGAUGCAUAAAAUCGAUACCAGUUGGAGCCUCAGUUUCCAAGUGGCGCAUCACAAAUUUCGGGAGCACCGAAAUCCAGUCUGUCAUGCUGUUUAGACAAAGAAGACUGCCCCUGUCAUGCUAUUCUGGCAGCACAUUGCAUACCCCUAAACAGGCUUGCCAUCGGUCUCAUUUGCAUGCUCCCCAAGACAGGCCUUCAGUGCCCUACAUUUUAUGCAUCACAAGUUUUUCGAUUUUGUCGAUUUCGAUCCUGACACAUCCAUAACUCACUGGAGAAGGCGCUGGUAAAGAAUUUUGCGAACCACAUGGCAGCAGUAGGAUUGAUCAGUACGAUGAGAUUCGUGUGCAUGGGAGAAAGACAGGACUUAAGCAUAAGGAAGUUCUUGUAUAAGUCUUGGAAAAAAUAAAUCAACACCAGGGCUCUCCCGCGGGUUGGGACUACGUGACCGCCUAUUUUCCGUACAGCG